AUGCCUGGCUUUACUUGCUGUGUUCCUGGCUGCUACAGUAAUUCGCAUCGCGAUAAAGGCUUGCACUUCUAUACUUUUCCUAAAGAUCCGGAGCUAAGGUGCCUGUGGCUGAAGAAUGUGUCCCGGGGUGGAGUGUCGGGAUGCUUUAGCACCUUUCAGCCAACUAACGGGCAUCGGGUCUGUAGCCUACACUUUCAAGGUGGCCGCAAAUCCUACAGCAUCAAGGUGCCCACCAUCUUUCCUCUCAGAGGUGUUAACGAGAAGAGGACCCGUCGGAGCAGCACAAAGAAGCGACAGCAGCCAAAUUACACACCAGCUGCAACUACGGUUCUAGUGACUGGACUGCCAGGACAGGAGGAGCAGGAGGUUCUAGAGCUGACAGCUGGUGGUGCUGAAAUGAUGCUGCUGGGUACUACAGCAGGCAUGGGUGCAACUAUAGCAGAUGUAGAAGGAUCUUCUGCCGUUAUGGGAGCUGCGAUAGAUGCAAUGGGGACAGCAGCAGGAGAAGGGGGAUCAGUAGUAGCACCAUCAAGUCUUGUGGGGGAAACACACUCGGUUACUACUCACUUUUCCUCUGAUGCAAGCCAUGGAUCCCACCAGCAGCUCCAGGUUGUAGUAGUUGGGGAUGAGCCUUUCCACUCUGUAGAUUGCUGGCCAUCUUCUUUAUGUUCUUCAGACCAUUCUUACUCCAUGUCAUCGGGCACCACCACAGAAGAAUUGCUGAGGAAGCUCAAUGAGCAAAGGGACAUCAUCGCUCUGAUGGAAGUUAAGAUGAAGGAAAUGAAAUCGAGCAUAAAACACUUGAAAGUUACAGAAAUUAAAUUAAGGGAGGAGCUUCGUCAGAAAGACAAAGAUAAAGUCUCACCAAUGAUAAAAAGUAACUGAAUGAUCUGGCUGUGGUCAAGUCGGAUUCAUCACUCGUUAACAUCAGAUGAAAGUGUUUGGACUGCAGUGGAAUCAAGCACCCUUAUCUUUAUAUGGUUUUUUUUUUUUUUGUGCUAUAAUAGGUUUUUGGACAGCUGUUCCAUAAGAUCCAGGAAAACUCACCCUGAAUCUUGAUGGUCUAUCUGCUCUUCGCUGAAACUUCUUGAGAAGUUCCGAGGUAGACAGUUUGUGGCACUUAAUGAUCACUUUGCAGAGAUUACAACCAUGUAUAGGAAAACUAUGAAAAUACUAAAGGUUUUUUUUUUUUUUUGUUUAAACUGGAUUUUUUGAGGACAUUUAUAUAAAUGCACCUCUGAUAAGCAAAACAAAAAAGCUUAUGAUAACCACUUUGGCAAGCCUUUCAUAUAUAGACAGUAUUGUAGGCUAUUAGAACGUCCAGUAAUGGCUGAAAAUAUCAAGGAAAAUGUUCGGUAUGGAUAAUGGGAACAACCCUAUUUGUCAAAAGAAACAGGUUCUUUGCAGUUAAUUUUUUUUCUUCAAAUAAAAUGUUUCUGUAAAAGUG